GAGGAUAUCAAACGCUACGUGUCGAGUUGGGGGGAUACGCAGUGCAUUUCGAGGAGCAACGAAGACAUGGCGAUGAAGUGCGUUCUGCUGCUCGCGGCGGCGAUGGCGAUGGCUACCGUGCAGGGUGACCUCAUCAACCAAUCGGCCAAGCGCACAUUCGACCUGACCAAGCACGUGGUGCGCGAGUAUACCGAGUUUCAGUUCUCUGAUGCUGAUGCUGAGGUAACUGAGUACGAUGUGGCCAUCCCGCGUACGCUGGAGACUCGUCUGGCCUACGUGUCCGCUCGCUGCGGCAAGACUCCGUGCGAGAUCGUGCCAGCCACGCACAAGCACGCAGCCAAGGUAAAGACACCCGACAACGCCGCACUCUACACGGUUCUGCUUAAGAAACCCGUAGCCAAAGGUGAUACCGGCAGUGUCAAGGUCACGGCUUAUUUCACGCGCGUCCUCAUGCCCUACCCGGCUGAGAUUACUCAAAAGGAGGACCAGCUUGUUCUCUUCGAUGCCAGUCACCUCAUCACCUCGCCCUACCUCACCAAGACGCAGACCACGAAGCUCAAGCUUCCUUCGGGUAAUGUGGAGAGUGUCCGUGCCGCCCAGCCCAUUUCCAGGAAGGGCUCUGUGGUCACUCUCGGGCCGUACACGGACGUUAAGUCCUUCGCUGCCGGUGUUGAGUCCUCGCCUCUGAGCGUGCACUACAAGAAUCACGCCCCGUUCAUGACUAUUACUAAGCUCACGCGCGAGGUUGAAGUGUCAAUGUGGGGCCGUGUAUCUUUCGAGGAAGUCUACGACAUGGAACACACAGGUGCUAAACUCAAGGGAGGAUUCUCACGCUACGACUAUGUGCAGCUGCAUCAGCGCAGUGCCUCGUUUCACGAGAUGUACGCGCACCUUCCCAAGGACUCAGUUAACGUGUACUACCGUGACCAGAUCGGCAACAUCUCCACUUCGCGUCUGCGUCCUGCUGGUCGCACGAGCUCGCACCAGAAUCUCGAGUUCAAGCCGCGUUUCCCCCUGUUCGGAGGCUGGAAGAGUCAGUGGUACCUUGGCUACUCUGUCCCCACAUACUCGGUGUUGACCCACGUCGGAGACAAGUUCAAGCUUGAAGUUGACUUCUCCACGCCCGUCCAGGGUGCCUCUGUGGAUGAUCUCACUUUGAAGGUUAUUCUACCCGAAGGUGCCACUAACGUACAAGUAAGCGUGCCGUUCAGUCUGGACAGCUCGAGUGAGACGACGCGUCAGACGUACCUGGACACGCCCGCGAUCGGCCGCCCUGUGGUGAUUCUGGACAAGAAGAACGUGGUGGCUUCUCACAAUGUCCCCUUCGAGGUGACCUUCGACUUCCCGCAGCACUUCAUGCUGCACGAGCCACUGCUGCUGGUGUCGGCCUUCCUCGCGCUGUUCAUCAUUUGCAUGAUCCUCUUUCGUCUGGACAUCAGCAUCGCUAAGAAGCCCGUGCAGAAGAAAAAGACCGAGUAAGCUGACGUUGUGAUUCAGAGGAAACAAAACGCUUUCUAAAGUGUUUUAAACUAACACGAACCUAACGUGCUAGAAAAA